AUGUAUGCUGAUGACAUAACACUAGCUUCCCAACACGAAACUUUCAAACCAUCCGAAGGUAUCCUUAACGAGGACUUAAGUAUACUAAACAAAUACUUUAGGAAAUGGAAACUAGUACCAAACACUGCCAAAACCGAAGUAACUGCGUUUCACUUGGCUAACCAAUUGGCAAAAUACGAGCCCACUGUUGAGUUUGCUGGAGCCAUUUUGCACUACAACCCCACUCCGAGAUACCUGGACGUGACUCUCGAUCGGAGUCUCACGUGCGCUCCGCACAUGGACAAAUUAUCCAAAAAGCUCCAGACCAGAAACAACAUCUUGCACAGGCUGGCGGGCACUACUUGGGGGGCCAGUGCCGAUGUGCUGCGUACAACCGGUCUACGUUUGGUGUACUCAACAGCAGAGUACUGUGCACCAGUAUCAUCAAAUAGUACACAUGUGCUGCACGUGGACACCUAG